GUCCGGUCCCGGCUUCGCGCGAGCCACCGCAUUCCACGAUGACAGGCGUGGCACACUCUGGUGGCCGUUAGGCAUGCGCGACAGACUUUCGGAGCAACUAAGAACCCAAACUGAAAACCUACGACUUCUCACCGGUUUGCGCUCUCGCCGAGGCUUGUGCUGCUCACGAACCGGCCUCCUUCGUUCCUUUUCUCCCCACUCCGAAAGUUGGAGCUUACUAUUGGCAGGUCCCUGGGCAAACAGCGUGGAAGAUGGGACGGACGUCAAAGGACAAGCGAGAUGUCUACUACCGCCUAGCCAAGGAGAAUGGCUGGCGUGCCCGCAGUGCCUUCAAGCUGCUACAACUUGACGAGGAAUUUCAACUCUUCCAAGGUGUGACGCGGGCAGUUGACCUGUGUGCGGCCCCAGGCAGCUGGAGCCAGGUGCUGAGUCAGAAGAUUGGGGGCCAAGGGUCUGGCCACGUGGUGGCUGUGGACCUUCAGGCUAUGGCUCCACUACCAGGUGUGUUACAGAUCCAGGGGGAUAUCACCCAGCUGUCCACUGCCAAAGAGAUCAUCCAGCAUUUUGAAGGCUGCCCCGCGGACCUAGUGGUGUGUGACGGGGCUCCUGAUGUAACCGGCCUCCACGAUGUUGAUGAGUAUAUGCAGGCCCAGCUCCUCCUAGCUGCUCUGAACAUUGCUACACACGUCUUGAAGCCAGGGGGCUGCUUUGUGGCUAAGAUCUUCCGAGGCCGGGAUGUGACACUGAUCUAUAGCCAGCUGCGUGUCUUCUUCUCCAGCGUGCUCUGUGCCAAGCCCAGAAGCAGCCGGAACUCCAGCAUUGAGGCCUUUGCUGUCUGUAAGGGUUACGACCCCCCUGAGGGCUUCCUGCCGGACCUGACCAAACCCCUGCUGGACCACUCUUAUGAUCCAGAUUUCAACCAGUUGGAUGGCCCCACCCGCAUCAUUGUGCCAUUUGUGACCUGUGGGGACCUGAGUGCCUAUGAUUCAGACCGCAGUUACCCACUGGACCUAGAGGACGGCUCAGAAUACAAGUACACACCACCCACGCAGCCCCCCAUCUCACCACCCUACCAGGAGGCCUGCGCAUUGAAGAAGAAGGGGCAGCUGGCCAAGGAGAUCUGCCCCCAGGACUGCCCCAUGAGCACAGUGGACAUGUUGCCCCAGUCCCUGGCCACUCCACAGCGCUACACCCUGCAGAUCUCUGAGGUGGAAGACAGUGGAGUGAAUUGCUCGUCUUAACAUGUGAAGUUAGCUGGCAAUCUGAUAAGGACUCGGAAGCUGUUUGCUGUCAGGAAAACCAGAACUUGAGUUGAUGAACUUGUUUUCAAAUACCUCGUCAACCCAUCCUAAAUGUACAGGCUCUGAGUAGGAACCUCCAGCAACCACCACAAAAACAACAAGGAAGGAAACAUCCUGGCGUGUCUGUCUGCACUGUAGAGGGGAUUCUUGAGUAGGGUCUUGCCUUUCUCUAAAUCUUUCCAGCCCUGUGUCUUGAAUAUGUCCAGAACUCACCCUGAAAGCAGGGCUUCUUAACCCUGGGUAGAAGUCAGGGGUAUUUGUGAACUUGAUGGAGGGAAAUCAGUUCAGUUUUACUAACUGAAAUUUUAGCUUUACUCCAGAAUCUGAAUGCUGGCAGCAAAUCAGUAUUGUAAAAUUACCUUUACAGUAGUAAAAGCAGUGCUGGCAACUUUCCCACCAGUACAUAUCAAAGUUACUUGUUUAUGUUGUUACAGUUGUCAUGGGCAUCUUAAAAUAUUGGUCACCACUUUGGAUAAGAUCUUUUUAAAUUUAUUUUUUUAAUUGAAGGAUAAUUUCUUUACAGAACUUCGUAGUUUUCUGUCACAAAUCAACAAGAAUCAGCCAUAGGAACACCCACGUCCCCUCCUUCCCAACUUGCUUCUCAUCCCACCCUUCUAGAUUGUCACAGCGCCGCUGUUUGAGUCAUGCAGCAAUUUCCCAUUGGCUAUCUAUUUUACAUAUGGUAUUGUAAGUUUCCAUACAUCUCACCCUCUCCCUCCCCUUCUCCCCAGCCAUGUUCUUAGGUCUGUCCUCUAUGUAUGUUUCUCCAUUGCUGCCCUGAAAAUUAAUUCAUCAGUACCAUCAUUCUAGAUUCCAUAUAUAUGCAUCAGUACACAAUAUUUACAUUUUCUCUUUCUGACUUACUUCACUGUGUAUAAUCGUCUCUAGGUUCAUCCACCUCAUUAGAAGUGAUUCAAAUGUGUUCCUUUUUAUGGCUGAGUAGUAUUCCAUUGUAUAUUUGUACCAGAACUUCUUUAUCCAUUCAUCGGUCAGUGGACAUGUAGGUUGCUUCCAUGUUCUAGCUAUUAUAAAUAGUGCUGCAAUGAACAUCAGGGGUACAUGUGUCUUUUUCAGUUUUUGUUUCCUCAGGGUACAUGCUUAUGAGUAGGAUUGCUGGGUCGUAUGGUGGUUUUAUUCCUUGUUUUUUAAGGAAUCUCCAUACCAUCUUCCAGAGUGGCUAUAUCAGUUUAUGUUCCCACCAGCAAUGCAAGAGGGUUCCCUUUUCUCCACAUCCUCUCCAGCAUUUAUUGUUCGUAGACUUUUUGAUGAUGGCCAUUCUGACUGGUGUGAGGUGGUAUCUCAUUAUAGUUUUGAUUUGCAUUUCUCUAAUAAUGAGUGAUGUUGAGGAUCUUUUCAUGUGUUUGUUAGCCAUCUGUAUGUCUUUGGGGAAAUGUCUGUUUAGGUCUUUUCCCCACUUUUUGAUUGGGCUGUUUGUUUUUCUGAUUCUGAGUUGUAUGAGCUGCUUGUAUAUUUUGGAAAUUAAUUCUUUGUCAGUUGUUUAAUUUGCUAUUAU